AUGGCUACCGGUCGCAAUACCAGACAAAACCAGGUCUUCAUUGUCAAAUUUCAUUAUCGACAGGACAAAGAGCGUGCCCUGAAAGGCAGAAAAGGCCAGCGCACGUUCCGUGGGCACAACAUUCUACUGUUUCCCGACGUACCAUCCAGCGUUGCCAAAAAGCGUGCAUCGUUUGCUGAUGUGAAACACUCCUUCUGGAAAAGAAACGUGAAGAUGGUCACACAGGACGACGGCAGCCUGCAGGUGGUCCACGAGGGAGUGAGAUAUGUUUUCGACUGUCCGAAGGAAGCGCAGAAAUUUUAUGAUCGAAACUUCCCUGACGAGGCCAUGGAUGGGGAUUAA